AUGCGGGAGACAACAGCUAGACAUGUCGUUAUCAUUGGGGGUGGAAUCAUGGGAUGUACAACGGCAUUCUAUAUCACUCAUGGAAAGCGUCCCAAAGGCACAACCGUAACUGUCAUCGAACCAUCAACCAAGGGCGUCGCACAAGGGGCCUCUGGUAAAGCGGGGGGACUCGUGGCUAAGUGGGCCUAUCCGAAGGAUUUGGUUGAAGACUCGUUUGAGGAGCACGAACGGCUAGCAGAGGAGUAUGGUGGAGAAGAGCGGUGGGGUUGGCGUUACGUGAACUGCGGGAGCUGGGAAGGCAAGUCAGAGUCUGCGAAUACCAACCCGAACACAGCACCAGAAGGGACCAAAAAGAAGGACCUUCACAAGACAGCGGAACUCGAUGCUGUGUUGGCCGAGAUAUUCGCCCAACCUAGGGAAAAGAAGGGCAUGCCAGAGGAUCUGGAUUGGGUCAAGGAGGAACUCAGCGGACACUACACUCCCAUGGCGGAGCUUUACGACACGGCACAGGUAUUUCCGUAUGAAUUCACAACAAGUAUGAUGAACCUUGCGAUGGAAGAAGGCGCCACCCUUAUAUCAGGUCGCGUUACGACAAUUAAUAAAGCCGAUGGCCAGGUAACUGGCGUUACUUACAUAGACAACGAAACGAAGCAACCGACUACCAUAUCGGCUACCGAUGUCGUACUUUGCGCUGGCGCGUGGUCAUCUUCCCUCGUUCCAGAACUCCCAAUAUCGUCGACCCGGGCCCAUAGUAUCAUUAUCUAUGCAAAGGAAGACGUAGAACUCUCACCUUAUGUCUUGUUUACCGAAAUCAUGCUACCGUCUGGGGAAACUGUAACACCAGAAAUUUACGGCAGGCCCAACGGCGAAGUCUACGUCUGCGGACCUGGCGACGACUUCCCGCUUCCGGCAACCGUGGAUGAAGUAGAAGUACACAAGCCAGCGUGCCAGAGUCUGUGGGAUAGCGUUACUGGGAUAUCAAAGGAACUCCGAGAAGGUACCUUGGAGUUCGAACAAGCUUGUUAUCUCCCCCUUCUCGACGUUGCCUCAGGCCCCGUGGUCGGAGAACUGUCGAAGGUGGCGAAAAAACUCUGGGUAGCGACGGGACAUAGUUGCUGGGGAAUUUGUAACGCACCUGGAACGGCGCGCAUCCUGAGGAACGGUAUUAUGGGCGACUCCCCACCCCGCGCUGCUUCCAGCCUCCGCCCAUCCAAAGUAUUGCCAGGGAUGGGCGACGAUUAG